GCGUUACUUUCUUCUCAAGCGUGUUAACUGAUUUGCUGAUGGGACAUUUAAAAGUUCCCCUAGGACGCAAUUGACCAAUGCGCAGAUUAAUGCCAUUCAUCAUCGGGACGAUGCACCUGGCUAUAUCAGAGAAUGCCAACACCGCAGAGAGCACUCAGGUAUUUCACGUGGGACAUUGUUCAGCCUCUCGUGGACGUCGUACGUCGUCUACGAGGAGCGUUAAAGACGCAACGUGUCUUGGACGGCGGCCUUUAUUCCCAUUUGGAAAAAAUCGCAUCCGCGUUGCAUUUGCCACGGGAAGCCUUUCCGAUCAGAUCUACAACAACAUGGGACCUGGUGUGGAAAGCUUCCUAGAUCUCGAGUUGCGGAAAUGGCCGUAUCAUGAUUCCUGAUUAAAAAAAGGGGGUUGGUGCGAC